AUGUCCGACUCUGAGCUAUCGGACGCGCCUGACAUAGGCAUCCCUCCCGACUUCGAGCUGGAGAAUAGCUUGCGGCGCGAGGUGAACCGCGCAAAUCAGAAAGGCGAAGUUGUGACUGUGCGCUUGAUACGCACAAACUCCGAGCAGAGACUCGGCCUGCCUGAUAGCUUUUACAAAACGCAUGACAUAUGGAAGGAUCGGAGCAAGGACGUGAUCCACGAUCAAAUGAUCAGCGAGAAGGCUGUGCCCAGUUCGCCUGUGCUUCAUUCGAAGACUAAAGCUGCCUCACACGAGCAGAGCGACAGCCCGCGCCCAGCCAAGAGGAAGUCAGCUGAGACGCAAAGUCCACCGCCGAAGAAGCAGAAGACCAAGACAGAGAAGUCAGCAAACCUCUCGAGCAUACCCAGCGAUAUCAAUUCCGACGCCGAAUCCGAGCCUGAAGCAAGACCGAAACAGGGAAAGAGGGCAUCCAAACCCGCGAAAGCAGCCUCGUCACAGAGUAAGCAGAAAAAAUCCACCAAAGCCGCGGAUUCGAGCGAGGAGCCUGCAAGGGAAGACGAUAAUUCCGAGAGCGAGAUGUCCAUCGUGCUUGAUGAAGACCCGAAACCGAGCAAGAGGGGAAAGAGCAGAGACGCCCCAAGCAAGGACAAAAAGUCCAAGGCAUCCAAACCCAAAGCCACGGCGGAGGUCGAUUCGGACCAGGCUGAGAUCAAACGCCUCCAGAUGUGGCUAGGACGGUGUGGCAUCCGCAAAGUAUGGGGCGCAUACCUCAAACCCUAUGAGACGCCUAAGGCCAAGAUCAAGCAUCUGAAGGACAUGCUUGCUGAUGUCGGCAUGACUGGGCGGUACAGUCAAGAGAAGGCCAGGGACAUUAAGGAGGCAAGAGAGCUCGCGGCGGAUAUUGAAGCGGUGAAAGAGGGUGACGAAAGGUGGGGCACUGGUGGGAAACCAUCGGACUCAGAAGACGACGGCCAAUCUCGAGGUAGGCUCGUGCGUGGUUCACGAGCGCAGUAUGAUUUCCUGAGUAGCGAUGGCGAAGAGACCAGCUGA